AUGGGGGACAAGAACAACACCGCAGAACCGCUCACACCUGAAAAUCAAGAGGUCUUAAACAAAUACACUAUAGCAGCCGAGAUUUCAAAUCGUACGUCUCAUGUAAUUCAUGAAGGCUGCGUUGCAUUUAGAAAAUGGGAUACUUAUUCUGACGUUUUGCUUUUCUCUUUAUACAUAUCAAAUGCUGCAUUUGUUAUUUUCCUAUCAAAAUCCGAUUAUCCAGGCGUUCUUAAGAAAGUGGUUAGCGCUGCUGUAGACGGUGCAAAAAUAAUUGACCUUUGUAAGUUGGGUGAUAAAGAAAUUGAAGAUAGCGUCAAAGUGCUCUUCGUGAAACAGAAAAUUCCCAAAGGAAUUGGUUUUCCCACAUGUGUAUCAGUAAACAACAUUAUAUGCCAUUUUUCACCACUGCCAUCUGAUCCCGAGGCCGCAGCAACGUUAAAGAAUGGCGACCUCGUGAAAAUUCAGCUAGGCUCUCAUAUUGACGGGUAUGCAGCAAUCACGGCCACGACCUUUGUUGUCGGGGCGACAAAAGAAAAUCCAGUCACCGGACGCAAGGCAGAUGUGAUAACUGCGGCACAUUUAGCUGCUGAGGCGGCGGCCAGAUUGAUUAAACCUGGUCUGCCAAAUAUGGCAGUUACCGAAACGAUACAAAAGAUUGCAAGGGAGUUUGAUACUAAUUCCCUUGAAGGUAUGUUAUCGCACCAACUAGAAAAAAAUGAGAUUGAAGGAAAGAAACAAAUAAUCCUUAACCCUAAUGAGGGCCAGAAACGCGAAUUCGAGAAGAUAGAAUUUGCCGAGAAUGAAGUCUACGGCGUAGAUAUAUUAAUCUCUACGGGCGAAGGCAAGCCAAAGAACUCUCAUGUACGCACUACAGUCUACAAAAAGACUGACACCACAUAUUCGCUAAAGAUGAAAACCUCACGUGAGGUGUUAAAUGAAAUCCGCACGAAGUUUGGAUCGUUUCCAUUUCCGUUAAGUUCAUUACCAGAUGAGAAAAAAGCGCGUUUGGGUAUACAGGAAUGUGCUACUCAUGAUUUGGUGUCAUCGUACCAUGUGUAUCAGGAGAAAGAAGACGAAUAUGUAGCACAAUUCUUUUUCACAAUCAUCUUGACAAAGAAUGGACCUCUCCGAAUCACCAACACACUAUACGACCCAGACGUGAUCAAGAGCGAUAAGAAACUGGAAGAUGAAGAGAUUAUAAAAUUGCUGGCGACGAAUUUGAGACCUAAAAAGAAAAAUAAGAAGAAAAAGGCCACUGCUGGAGAACCGAGUGCAACGUCUGCAGAAAAAGGUGGAGAUGAAGAAAAUGGUGUAACUACUGCUCCAGGGGAAGCUCCGGGUGAUGAAUAA